UCCCCUCUCGGCUCGUUAUCACUCGGAACCGGAAUCUGUGCCCCCAUCUCCACGUCCGGCCGCCUCCCAGCCUGUGCCGUCCCACAGGUGUCCGCACGUCCGGCGGUCCGUCUGUCCCUCCCGGGGCCGGCGCUGACCAUGCCCAGCGGCUGCCGCUGCCUACAUCUCGUGUGCCUGUUGUGCAUCCUGGGGGCACCCGUAAAGCCUGCCCGAGCCGAUGACUGCAGCUCCCACUGUGACCUGGCCCAUGGCUGCUGUGCACCUGAUGGCUCCUGCAGGUGUGACCCAGGCUGGGAGGGGCUGCACUGUGAGCGCUGUGUGAGGAUGCCUGGCUGCCAGCAUGGUACCUGCCACCAGCCCUGGCAGUGCAUCUGUCACAGUGGCUGGGCAGGCAAGUUCUGUGACAAAGAUGAGCACAUCUGUACCACACAGUCCCCCUGCCGGAACGGAGGCCAGUGCGUAUAUGACGGGGGCGGCAAGUACCACUGUGUGUGCCCACCGGGCUUCCACGGGCGUGACUGUGAGCGCAAGGCCGGACCCUGUGAGCAGGCAGGCUCCCCGUGCCGGAAUGGCGGGCAGUGCCAGGACGACCAGGGCUUUGCCGUCAACUUCACAUGCCGCUGCUUGGCGGGCUUUGUGGGUGCCCGCUGCGAGGUGAACGUGGACGACUGUCUGAUGCGGCCUUGUGCUAACGGCGCCACCUGCCUGGACGGCAUCAACCGCUUCUCCUGCCUCUGCCCUGAGGGCUUUGCUGGGCGCUUCUGCACCAUCAACCUGGAUGACUGUGCCAGCCACCCAUGCCAGAGAGGGGCCCGCUGUCGGGACCGGGUCCACGACUUUGACUGUCUCUGCCCAAGUGGCUAUGGUGGCAAGACUUGUGAGCUAGUCUUACCCAUCCCAGAUCCCGCCACCAUAGCGGACAUCCCCCCGGGGCCCACCUUGGCUGCAGUGGUACCUGCCACGGGGCCUGUUCCCCACAGCGGGGGCGCCGGUCUGCUGCGCAUCUCCGUGAAGGAGGUGGUGCGGAGGCAGGAGGCCAGGCUGGGCGAGUCUAGCCUGGUGGCCGUGGUGCUGUUUGGGGCUGUCACUGCCGCUCUGGUCCUGUCCACGGUGUUGCUGACCCUGAGGGCCUGGCGCCGGGGUGUCUGCCCCCCUGGACCCUGUUGCUACCCUGCCCCACGCUAUGCCCCGGCGCGCCAGGACCAGGAGUGUCAGGUUAGCAUGCUGUCGGCAGGGCUCCCCCUGCCGCCUGACUUGCCCCCUGAGCCUGGGAAGACCACAGCACUGUGA